ACGUCAUACACUGUCAAGUUUAGUAGUUACCUAAAUACCUUCAAAAAAAGGUUCGCCUUUUCUGUCCCGAAGGAGUCAAGCUACCGGCUGCAUCAUCAUCCCGAAUACUUUGUUGCAAUUAAAGAGGGGCGUUGUAUCCUUCAGUUUUCGGAAAUACAGCAGGCACACCGGACUCUUCAGAAUGGCCGCGUAUAAACUGGUGCUCAUCCGUCAUGGGGAAAGCUGCUGGAAUCAAGAGAACCGCUUCUGCGGAUGGUUUGACGCAGAUCUGAGCGAGACCGGAGCCCAGGAAGCGAAGAGAGGAGGGGACGCACUGAAAGAGGCCGGCUAUGAGUUUGACAUCUGCUACACCUCCGUGCUGAAGAGGGCCAUCCGCACUCUAUGGAUCGUUCUGGAUGGCAUCGAUCAGAUGUGGCUGCCUGUGCACAGGACCUGGAGGCUGAAUGAGAGGCACUACGGGGGCCUGACCGGCCUCAACAAGGCUGAGACGGCCGCCAAGCACGGUGAGGCGCAGGUCAAGAUCUGGAGGAGGUCCUACGACACCCCCCCGCCCCCCAUGGAUGCCGACCACGACUACUAUACCAACAUUAGCAAGGACCGUCGCUAUGCCGACCUGACGGAGGAGCAGCUGCCCUCUUGUGAGAGCCUUAAGGACACCAUCGCCCGUGCCUUGCCCUUCUGGAACGAGGAGAUCGUCCCACAGAUCAAAGAGGGAAAGAGGGUCCUGAUUGCUGCUCAUGGGAACAGCCUGAGGGGCAUCGUCAAACAUCUGGAGGGCAUGUCGGAAGAGGCCAUCAUGGAGCUGAACCUUCCCACGGGAAUCCCCAUCCUGUACGAGCUGGACAAGAACCUGAAGCCGGUCAAGCCCAUGCAGUUCCUGGGAGACGAGGAGACAGUGCGCAAGGCCAUGGAGGCCGUGGCUGCCCAGGGCAAAGCAAAAAAGUAGACUUCCUCCUCCCUGUGUGAGAACCCUAGAGGCAGGGCAGGGCAGUGGGGGGUGGAGGACAGGAGGACAGCACUCUCUCAUAGGUUUUCGCACACACCGCACACAUACUCUACACACGCUAAGACAAUGUCGCGCUUCUCCCCUAGGUCACUAUCUACCGACGCAUAGAAAGGGUUAUCAGUAUUAUACACUGGACAUGAAUAGUAUAAGGAGGCUGUAGCGCAUAAGCAUGGAUAUUCACAAAUAUUAUAUACCAGAGCAGAGAUUAGGGACCAUACUGAAAACAAGACCGAUGCUUGACCAUUUCACAAUCACAAGAGACCGUGCUCGAAUGGCAUUUCUUCCCCCACAUUCCUUUCUGCACUUUCAGCCCACAACCCUUUUUGGAUUUCUUAGGUCAGUAUUUAUUUAAAAGUUUCAUUAGAUCGUACUUUGUGUUGUACUGAGGACUGUAGAGAAUGUUUGCACAUAACUUACACUGGGAAUUCAAGAAACUCAAAGCGGUCUGCGGAUUAUAAAAGGGAGAUUUCGUCAUGAAAAUGUAAUGUAGUGGAAAGAAAAAGUAUUCUUUGCCAUGCCAGAGCAUAUGGAAAUGACAAAAUUGAAGAUUGCAGUCCCUACUUUUUAAUGUUUUUAAUGUUAAGUUGUGUGAAUUCUAAAUGAGAUUGUACGUGGGUGUCCUACUGUAUUUUCUUUGCUACAUGAUGCACAUAGAGACACUUUAUUCGACAGGGUUGUCUUUCCUCACUUUUCCAUAUUGUACAUUCCAGAGCUUGAGGUCAGGGAAGCGGAGACCUGUAUUUUUCAAUCAUUCGACCAGAAUCAUAACCCCCCUUGAGAGCUGUGGAAAAAGACACCCCUCUGAUCCCCUUUUCUCCAGUGCUGUAGUUUAUAUACCUCUAUGUUACAGUACGUUUCCGUUUGUGUGUCAGUCACACCUUGUUACUGUGGGCUUGGGAAGUUGAUUUUGCAGUGUGUCGUGUCUGCAUGAGAUGUUCUGUGUCAGAGUUAGUGUUAGUGAGAGAUCGCCACACACCGCUCUGGAAAAAUCAUCCGGUCAUCGUGGACAGCCCUUGUACUUGCAUGAACCCUGUAUGAGCACUGAAAUGCCAGAUGUCCCUCUCAAAAGAUUGUUCAGCAGUUUCUUCGUUAAACCAGAACGGUUUAUCAAGACUGAUGUAGAGAUUAAAGUGUUUUCAACCUUAAACAA